CUCCAUAAGCAAGCGAAACCAUUUUCGUUCGUGCAGUGUCAAUCGCGUGCUACAUUAUGUAUUGUGCGUAAGAAAGUGCUUUUAUAUCUGUAAUAAAUUUUAUCGGUUGUUUAUGAAUAGAUGGUAGAGUGAAAAAGUGUUAUUGUGUUUGUUAGCUGCAAGUUAUGAAAUGUGGCGUUGGCAGAAUGACAUUGAUAUUUGAUGUGUGCGACAGGUGUGGGUAAAAAUACUGAAGUGUGUUGUUUGUUUCCACGGAUGCGGAAGGAAUAAAGAAUUUGCUGUAACAACAGAAAGAUUUGUUGCUGACGUGGAAUUUAGCUGUUCCAUAUUGGUCCAUGCUCAUCAAAAUCCCGCAGACCCGCGACCGGCUCUCGAGGACUGAUUUACAUUUAGAUGGGCAACGAGACUGACAGCAGGUGGGCGAGUGGCGCUGGGUAUGUGGCACCUCCUGGCGUUGUUGGCCCUUCCUUUGGCGAGGGGCGACGUCUUCACUCUCGGUUACCUGACGGGGUCCCAACGUCGCCGUGGGGAUCACGAGUACGUGCGACCUGGUCUCAGCAUUUCGGGCGCAAUUACCCUCGCCGUGACGGAACUGAACUCAGGGCCGUUGGGUGAUCGCGGACAUCGACUUGAGUUUGUGGUGGCAGAGACGCACGGCGACGAACUGGAGAGCAUCGCGCGCACGGCGGAUCUCUGGACCCAGAACGUGGCGGCUUACAUCGGUCCUCAAGAGACGUGCGUCACAGAGGCGCGCAUGGCCGCUGCCUUCAACCUGCCGAUGAUAUCGUAUUUCUGUAUGGAUUACGAAACGUCGGACAAGAGCCGAUAUCCGACGUUCGCCCGAACCCGACCACCGGACACUCAGAUCAGCAAGUCUGUGGUUUCCGUUCUACUAAACUUCAAUUGGACGCACGUCGCCUUCUUCUACCUGAAUUCAACCGACUCGGAGUUCCGCAAAAUCGGCUCAACUAUCCUGCAGGCUCUUCGAGCUGCAGCCAUCACCGUGCGUUUUGUCCGCUGCUGGAGUACGGCGUACUACCACGUCCAGGGCUAUAAGGACAACCCGUUCCUGCAGUUGGUACGCGACACGUACGGCGACACACGCAUCUACGUCAUAUUGGGUCACCAGGACGAACACCUCGGUCUCAUGAUCGCAAUGGAGGAGAUGAAGCUCUUCGACAAAGGCGAGUACUGGGUGGUGGGGGUGGACACGGAGCAGUACGACCCGGCCAACCCCGAGAAGUACCUCAAAGCUCUCCUGCGGGACGAGACUAACCCCACGGCACAGCGCGCCUUUCGCUUUUACCUCGGCGUCAUGCCGUCGCCUGCCACGGGUUUCGAGAACUUCAGCGAGCGGGUUAACUACUACAUGGAGCGACCACCGUUCAACUUCCCCAACCCGUUGAACUACUUGGGUGGACACAAGACGAUCCGCGCCGAAGCGGCUUACCUGUACGACGCCGUAAAUCUCUACGCUGAAGCAGUACUGGACCUCCUCGAUCGAAAGCAGGACCCCCGAAAUGGAACCGCUGUCAUCAGUGCUAUCAAGGGCAGGAACUAUCGAAGUGCCAUGGGGUACAUGGUGUACAUGGACCAGAACGGAGACGCAGAGGGUAAUUACACCCUGUUGGCUAGAAAGCCGCACCACAUUUCACCCCAUGAGUACGGCCUGUAUCCCGUGGGGGUAUUUACCCUCAGAGAAAAUCACGACGGACUUUUGGACCUCCACCUCACGGACUCCGUGGACUGGGUUAGUGGUCAUCCACCCAUCGCAGAGCCUCCGUGCGGCUUCCGUGAAGAGAAAUGCGUCACGCACACGGGCGAGAUAGCCGCAGGGGUUGCUGGUGGGCUGAUGCUGAUUCUGGUGGUGGUACUACUCGCGCUGUACCGGAACUGGAGAUACGAGCUGGAGCUGGACAGUCUACUAUGGAAGGUGGACUACAGGGACAUUCAGAUGAACGAGGACCAUCAGCAAUACGUUGGAGCCACUCUUGGUUCCAAGAUCGCUAGGGCGAUACAUCCGCUGAUACGCACGAGCCAGGUAUCCCUUAGUUCGAACCCGGACGCCGAUUUCCGCUAUUCCACGAUAUACACCCAGAUAGGAAUAUACAAGGGUCGCAUCUUCGCUAUAAAGAGAGUGCGGAAAAAAUCUGUGGACAUCACAAGGGAAAUGAAGAAGGAGCUCAAGAUGAUGAGAGACUUGCGUCAUGAUAACCUGAACGCGUUCAUCGGCGCCUGCACUGAUCCGCCCAACAUCUGCAUCGUGACGGAAUACUGCCCCAGAGGCAGCCUCAAGGACAUCCUUGAAAACGAAGACGUAAAACUGGAUAACAUGUUCAUAGCUUCGCUUGUCGGCGAUAUUAUUCGGGGCAUGACGUACCUCCACGACUCCCCACUGAGGGUGCAUGGAAACCUUAAGUCCUCUAAUUGCCUCGUGGACUCGCGUUGGGUCGUCAAGUUGGCGGAUUUUGGCCUCUACGAGUUCAAGAGAGAAGACUUCAGCAGCAACUGCGGCCUCCACAUAACAGAGCCUCAGCAGCUGCAGCAGGCUGCAGGCAGAUGCGAAGCCCUGCUCUACCGCGCCCCGGAGUUACUUCGGGCGAGUCAACUCGACCCGCUGAGUGUCGUGACGGGCUCUCAGAAAGGGGACGUUUACUCCUUUGGAGUCGUCCUGUAUGAGCUGCACGCCAGACACGGGCCCUUUGGGGAGCCCAGCCUCACGCCAACCGAGGUCCUGCUACGGGUGAUCCGACCGGAACCCGACCAGCCCCCGUUCAGACCGCAGCUGGAGCUCUUGGAGAACAGCUUCAACUUCGUACGCGACUGCCUCGUGGAAUGCUGGGCAGAAAAUCCGGAAGACCGCCCCGACUUCAAGACGAUCAGAACCAAACUUCGUCCCCUCAGGAAGGGCAUGAAACCAAACAUUUUCGACAACAUGAUGGCGAUGAUGGAAAAAUACGCCAACAACCUGGAAGCCUUAGUGGAUGAACGCACUGAUCAACUAGUCGAAGAGAAGAAAAAGACAGAGGCGCUGCUGUACGAGAUGCUCCCGCGCUACGUGGCAGAACAGCUUAAGCGCGGAAACAAAGUAGAAGCAGAGAGUUUCGACUGUGUCACGAUCUUCUUUAGUGACAUAGUGGGCUUCACCGCCAUGUCGGCCGAGAGCACACCAUUGCAGGUCGUGGACUUUCUGAACGAUCUCUACACGUGUUUCGACUCUACCAUUGAGAAUUACGACGUCUACAAAGUCGAGACGAUCGGAGACGCCUACAUGGUGGUUAGCGGACUGCCCGUCCGGAACGGAAUUCAGCACGCAGGCGAGAUAGCAUCAAUGUCACUUCAGCUCCUGGAGGCGGUAAAGAGGUUCUAUAUUCGCCACCGGCCCACAGACAACUUGAUGUUACGAAUCGGCAUACACUCGGGUCCGGUCUGCGCCGGUGUUGUCGGCCUCAAGAUGCCACGUUACUGCCUCUUCGGCGACACUGUCAACACAGCCAGCCGCAUGGAGUCGACGGGCGCACCGCUGAAGGUCCACUGCAGCUCAGAGUGCAAGGAUUUGCUGGACCGUGUGGGCGGCUACAUCGUGGCCGAACGAGGAAUUGUCCGCAUGAAGGGCAAGGGAGAUCAACGCACUUACUGGCUGCUGGGGGAGGACCCGGUGCACCGAGAACGUCGCUCUGAACAGAGGUCACGAUUCUGGCGUAAAUCGAGGACUCUCCCGGACAGCAACGGCUACCCUUGUGGCAUCGGUCCACGGAGUUCUCUGAAGAACAGGCCCGCAGCUGCUCUUCCCCUCGCCCGUUGCCUCAGCCUAGAAUCUCCAAAACGACUUCGUUUCGCCAGCGGGAAUUUGCUUGAACUGCAUCGGUACCAAAGAGACCCGCUACUGGAAGCCAUAACAGACGACAGCCCCUGCAAGACGACUGCACCGCGUCUCCUUGAAUCAGAGCGUUGCAGCUCAUCUUGCCCCUGCAUCAAGGUGCUGCCUCCAAGUAUCAACUGCAAGAAUAAUAGUGUUCCCGUGCUGUUUCCCGCGGUCUCCAGUUCGGCUCCCGCGAGCCCCUUCAGCGAUAGUGUUACCAUCACGUCGUCCCCCUCUACCCCUCACCACGAAGGUGAGGAAGGCAGUUUCCUCUGUGACGAACUUGACAAACCCCUCCUGGAAACUACUGCAGAGGAUGGUCUCCUUACUGACAGAGAGACGCCGGUCUAAAGGACGAUGGAGCUAAGCCGAUGAGCUCGUGGUGUAGACAAAGACAGACGAUGUUUUGAGAUGGCUUCCAGUCAGACACGUCAUACAUUGUUCUUCCAAGGACAUGACGCGGUCGAUUAUGUUAUCAUGGAUUUUUUCAUAAUUAUUGUCGUAUUAUUUAGUGCCAUAUAAUUUUCCGUGUUUGCCGUAAACUCAAAACUACGUUCACCGACAGUGGAACCUGAUUGCAGAAUGUUUUCGUGUUAGAGUAAGCGUGCAGAAACAGCAGCGAAGCCUGAUUGCCAUUGGAUAGUUUCUCUGUCACGUGACAUACAACACGAAAUUUGUAGCCUGUGAAACAAAAGACGAUUAUGUCAUGUGAAGACGGAUGGAUGUAAGAAAUUGUUGCGUGAGAAGGACCACGUGAUAUGAUUCUUUGUGUGUCUGACGAUAAAUUAAAACGUGGGAGUGCCUGGGCUGAAAUAUCCGUACAGGACUGAGAGUUGGUGUUCUCAGGGAAUUUUAUACGCGCCUCCGCGUACAGAUUAAUUUCCAUCUGACUUUUUUUUUUUACACAAACGAUAAUUAUGAUU